AUGCCGCCGCCUUCGGACAUCGUGAAGGUGGCCAUAGAAUGGCCUGGCGCCUACCCUAAACUCAUGGAGAUUGACCAGAAAAAACCACUGUCUGCCAUUAUAAAGGAAGUCUGCGAUGGGUGGUCUCUUGCCAACCAUGAAUAUUUUGCUCUGCAGCACGCUGAUAGUUCAAACUUCUACAUCACAGAAAAGAAUCGCAACGAAAUAAAAAAUGGCACGAUCCUUCGAUUAACCACAUCUCCAGCUCAGAAUGCCCAGCAGCUCCAUGAACGAAUACAGUCAUCAAGUAUGGAUGCCAAGUUGGAAGCCCUGAAGGACUUGGCCAGCCUCUCGCGGGAUGUAACCUUUGCUCAGGAGUUCAUAAACCUGGAUGGCAUCUCACUCCUCACUCAGAUGGUGGAAAGUGGCACCGAACGAUACCAGAAGUUGCAGAAGAUUAUGAAGCCCUGCUUUGGAGACAUGCUGUCCUUCACUCUCACAGCCUUUGUGGAGUUGAUGGACCACGGCAUUGUGUCGUGGGAUACAUUCUCAGUGGCCUUCAUUAAGAAGAUAGCCAGCUUUGUGAACAAGUCCGCCAUAGACAUCUCAAUCCUCCAGCGGUCCUUGGCCAUUCUGGAGUCAAUGGUUCUCAACAGUCAUGACCUCUACCAAAAGGUAGCCCAGGAGAUCACCAUUGGCCAACUCAUUCCUCACCUUCAGGGGACAGACCAAGAAAUACAAACUUACACCAUUGCUGUAAUCAACGCACUUUUCCUCAAAGCUCCUGAUGAGAGGAGACAGGUUGAUGUAGAGAGCAAUGUUGACAUCCUUGAUUGCCCUCUGACUGAGAUGGCGAAUAUUUUGGCUCAGAAGCAGCUGCGCUACAUCAUUUUAACACAUGUCAUCCGAGCACAGCGGGCCAUCAACAAUGAGAUGGCACACCAGUUAUAUGUUCUCCAAGUGCUGACCUUUAACCUUCUGGAAGACAGGAUGAUGACUAAGAUGGACCCCCAGGACCAGGCCCAAAGGGACAUCAUAUUUGAACUUCGAAGAAUUGCUUUCGAUGCAGAGUCAGAACCUAAUAACAGCAGUGGCAGCAUGGAGAAACGCAAGUCCAUGUACACUCGGGAUUAUAAAAAACUUGGCUUCAUUAAUCACGUCAAUCCUGCCAUGGACUUCACACAGACCCCUCCUGGGAUGCUGGCUCUGGACAACAUGCUGUAUUUCGCUAAGCACCACCAGGAUGCAUACAUCCGGAUCGUGCUUGAGAACAGCAGCCGAGAAGAUAAACAUGAGUGCCCCUUCGGCCGCAGCAGUAUAGAGCUGACCAAGAUGCUGUGUGAGAUCCUGAAAGUGGGCGAACUGCCUAGUGAGACCUGCAACGACUUUCACCCGAUGUUCUUCACCCAUGACAGAUCUUUUGAGGAAUUCUUCUGCAUUUGCAUUCAGCUCCUGAACAAAACAUGGAAGGAAAUGAGGGCAACGUCUGAAGACUUCAACAAGGUAAUGCAGGUGGUGAAGGAGCAGGUGAUGAGAGCGCUUACAACCAAGCCUAGUUCCCUGGACCAGUUCAAAAGCAAGCUGCAAAACCUGAGCUACACCGAGAUCCUGAAAAUCCGCCAGUCCGAGAGGAUGAACCAGGAAGAUUUCCAGUCUCGCCCGAUUUUGGAACUAAAGGAGAAGAUCCAGCCAGAAAUCUUAGAGCUGAUUAAACAGCAGCGCCUGAACCGCCUUGUGGAAGGGACCUGCUUUAGGAAACUCAAUGCUCGUCGGAGACAAGACAAGUUUUGGUAUUGUCGGCUUUCACCAAAUCACAAGGUCUUACAUUAUGGCGACUUGGAAGAGAGCCCCCAAGGAGAAGUGCCCCACGAUUCCCUGCAGGACAAAUUGCCGGUGGCAGAUAUCAAAGCAGUGGUGACGGGAAAGGACUGCCCUCAUAUGAAAGAGAAAGGUGCCCUUAAACAAAACAAGGAGGUGCUUGAACUGGCUUUCUCCAUCUUAUACGACUCAAAUUGCCAACUGAACUUUAUUGCUCCUGAUAAGCAUGAGUACUGCAUCUGGACAGAUGGGCUGAAUGCACUUCUUGGGAAGGACAUGAUGAGUGACCUGACACGCAAUGACCUGGACACCCUGCUGAGCAUGGAGAUCAAGCUUCGCCUGCUGGACCUGGAAAACAUCCAGAUCCCGGAUGCACCUCCUCCUAUCCCCAAGGAACCGAGCAACUAUGACUUUGUCUAUGACUGUAACUGAACUGGCUGCACCCGGACACAUUCCUCCAAACUGGAAGAUCUAGCUAUCAGCAGAGAGCAGAGCAAACACAUUCACAUAUUGCAACUGCCCUUGGGGGGAGGGGAAGCUGCAGGUCAACCCUUCCUUUGGCCUCGUUUUUAACCCUAGCCCCACCCCCACUUCUCUGACAUCUCACCAUCUCCUUCAAUCUAUUUCCUGACUCAGUGUUUUAGAUCCUCUACCAUUGCUACAGCUCAGCAAUGGGUCAUGAGCAAAAGUCACCACUAGUAAGAAAGUCAAAGAGUCCUCUCAUUAUAUCCAGCUAUGGGCAUUUCCUUCCUUCCUUCCUUCAUCAUUCUUGUCUGGAGUAGGAAAGCCAGUUAGCCCCAAGCUGCCCCAUAUUUGCUCACCAAACCAAGAGAAAUGCCUAAGGCCAGGGUUGGAUAAAAUAGUUCUGCUACUGGAUUAGAAGACCAAAGGCCUCCUACCUUUUCUCUCUAGGGUCACCUCACAUCAUCGGCUCUAUGUGAGUUGAGAUCGCUUUCACAUUGCCUCUCUCUCCCUUUCCUGCCUUGGCCUUGCUCUGGUCCACUUUGGUCUCACAUGUAGCAGCAGCAUCCUCAUUGUAGUUGUCUACAGCAUCAGGUCUCCCAAACUGUCCACAGAGUCCAUGCCUGUUCCUUGUCUGCACUGUGACCAUGACCAAUCCCUCUAUCACACUCUCUAGUCUUGGGCUUCCUCUCUUUGCCCCAGCCCAGGCCUGCCUUCUUCAUUUCUUCGAGCUCCCAGCCCUUAGCAGAAAGCACAAAUGAAGUCAGUAGUCCUGCUCCAUCUCUGAUAAACUAAACCUAACCACCCCUAAGGCGGCUGUUGCUAUCUAACAGUUCCGUGUGACCUUCUCUCUGGGGCUCCUGCUACAGCCCAGGUUUUCCAGGGUGGUCAAGCUGUCAGACAUCCAAGUUUACAUCGUUGUAAUUAUUAUAGGUCUUUAAAUUUUACAAGGGUUUGGGGUUAUUUUGUUUUGUUUUGUUGGCUUUGUUUUUGUAUAAAAGAGUCUAACAUUUUUUGCCAAACAGAUAUAUAUUUAAUGAAGAGAUACAUAAAUGUGUGUACUUUCCAGCUUUUUUUUUUUAAUUAUUUUAAUCCCAAACAUCUUCCUGAGAGUAACAUUCCCUUAAACAUGCUGUGGAAUAAAAUUAAAUGUGAAGAGUUGGGGAGCUGGUGUUUUGAUUUAGUAAUGUGGGCGCUUGCUACUCCAGCAUAUCCAUCACCUGGGAACUUGUUAGAGAUGCAAAGCAGACAGCCCCUCCAGACUUCUGAACCACGCUGUUUGAGUAGGUGUUAAUUUGGGAAGCACCAGUCGUGAGCUCUAAAGCAUUGCCGAUAUCAAUUCUAGGAUGCACACCCCAACUCACCAAGGAAAUGAGACUCACUGUACAAAAAUAUGAUCUAUUCCUUUUAUAUUGCUGCUUCCUCGGCAUACUUUCCCAUUAUUGUCUCCUUACCAUUUCAUGACUUAUAGAGCCAGUCCAAUUAAAGACACUGCUGACACCAAGGGGACAUGUUGAACCACGGAAAAAGAAUACAAACCCACACACCUGAAAUCAGUUAUGCCAAAGCCAAUCUUACUGUGAAUUAAUAAGUUCCCAACAGAGCACAACAGAGAUUUCUUCUUAAGUCAGCUCCCCUACAAAUGUCAUAUGGAUCGUAAACUCUAAGGGCUGGGAGGGAUGACAGAACCCCAUGCAGUGCAGCUAAGCCACUCUGAACUGGCAGCCAAGCUCUAGAUACAUGCAGGUGACUGCUCUUUGUGGCUGUCAAGAUGGUCAAUUACAGGUUGGCCUGGGCUCCAGUGACAUGGUCCAGAGCACUCCAUAAAUUACAAAAUCCAUAGUCAUUCACAGGGGUCAUUCUUUCCACUAGAGUGCCUACAUCGGAGUGUUAGGCUGACAUUUCCUCCAUCCUUAAGCUUGGAUCUUAACAUGCAUGCCCUUCCUGACGGAGUCAUCUACUGUUCUACCUGCUGUGUGAUAAGUUAGAUAAAAGAAAGUGGAUAGAGGCAUAGCACUUUUCACUUCAAAGUU